AUGUUGUUUCCCUUCCCAUUCACGACUUGGGAUGAAACGUUGAAGACUGCCGUUGCAAAUGUACCAUACAAGGAUCUGUGGUAUCCCAGAGCUACACAAGUUGGAUGUGCAGUUGAGCUGCAAACUGGGGCAAACGACUCACCCUAUGUAGUUCUAAAAUGUAAAUUCAAUACGUUCCGGGAUAAUAUGAAUUACAAAUACAUGUAG